GGAACGAGGAGGCCGUUGCCGGUCUCUCCCUGCCGUCCUGCCCAGCCGUGUGAGGGGUUAGGCGGGGAGGCCGAGCUGCUGAGGGAUGGGGGGCACGGAGAGCAGGCGCGGCAGCUCCAUCUCGGUCGUCGCAGACUGGAGUUUGGUGUUUUGGACUCUGUGCUCGGUGCUGCUGCCGGUGCUGAUCACCCUGUGGUGUAGCUUCCAGCGGUCCCGGCGGCAGCUCUUAAUCCGAGACAUCUUUCGCAAGAGCAAACAUGACUGGCGCUACACGGACCUCUUCGGCCAACCCUCCUACUGCUGCGUGUGUGCUCAGCACAUCCUUCAGGGAGCUUUCUGCAACUGCUGCGGGCUGCGAGUCAGCGAAGGAUGCCUGAAGAAAGCCGACCAGCUCUUCCUCUGCAAGGAAAUCAUGAUGAGGAGCAAUGGUGGAGCCCCCAGCUCUCUGCCACACCACUGGAUCAGAGGCAACGUCCCGCUCUGCAGCUGCUGUAUGAUCUGCAAACAACAGUGCGGCACACAGCCCAAGCUCUGUGACUACAGAUGUGUGUGGUGUCAGUACACUGUACAUGAUGAAUGCAUGAUAGAGUGUUUAAAGACUGAGGAGUGUACAUUUGGAGAAUUCAGAGACUUAAUUAUUCCACCAUACUAUUUGUCUACAAUCAACCAGAUGCGCAAAGAAAAAAGAAACAGUUAUGAAAAGGUAGUACCUUACUGCAGAAAACACUGGAUGCCAGUGAUUGUCCUGGCUAAUACUCGUAGUGGAAACAACAUGGGUGAAACCUUACUAGGAGAAUUCAAAAGUCUGCUGAACCCUGUUCAGGUUUUUGAUCUAAGCAAAAUUGCACCAGCUAAAGCACUCCAACUUUGUACCUUGCUGCCUUGCAGUGCUGUCAGGGUUCUUGUCUGUGGUGGGGAUGGCACAGUAGGCUGGGUCCUGGAUGCAAUCGAUGAAAUGAAGAUAAAGGGCCAAGAACGUUUUAUUCCACAAGUUGCAAUUUUACCUUUGGGAACAGGUAAUGACCUGUCCAAUACACUGGGCUGGGGUGCAGGUUAUGCUGGAGAAGUCCCUGUAGAGCAAAUCCUAAGAAAUGUCAUGGAGGCAGAUGGAAUCAAACUAGACAGGUGGAAGGUUCAAGUAACAAACAAAGGAUACUACAACUUAAGGAAACCAAAGGUAUUCACAAUGAACAACUACUUUUCAAUAGGACCUGAUGCUCUCAUGGCUUUAAAUUUUCAUGCUCAUCGUGAGAAGACUCCCUCUUUGUUUUCCAGCAGAAUUAUUAAUAAGGCUGUUUAUUUUUUUUAUGGAACCAAAGAUUGCUUAGUACAAGAAUGUAAAGAUCUUAACAAAAAGGUUGAGCUAGAGUUGGAUGGUGAAAGGAUCGAGUUGCCCAAUCUGGAAGGCAUCAUUGUCCUGAAUAUUGGCUACUGGGGAGGUGGCUGCAGGCUCUGGGAAGGAAUGGGAGAUGAGCCUUACCCCUUGGCAAGACAUGAUGAUGGGCUUCUGGAAGUUGUUGGUGUCCAUGGUUCUUUCCACUGUGCCCAGAUUCAGGUGAAACUGGCAAAUCCUGUUCGCCUAGGCCAGGCACAUACAGUGAGGCUGAUCUUGAAGAGCUCAAAGAUGCCAAUGCAGGUGGAUGGAGAGCCCUGGGCUCAGGGGCCCUGCACUGUCACCAUCACUCACAAGACACACGCACUGAUGUUGUACCACGCGGGGGAACAGAGCGACGACGACGCUUCCAGCGCGUCUGAGCAGGACCACAUCAGAGAGCAGGCAGAUGAAGAUGUGUAGUUUUUGUGGAAUUCUGUGUAAUGCAGCAAUGAACUUCAGCUCAUGAAAAGCCCGGAGAACAUCUAACCCAGCUUAAAAUUUCUGCUGUAAGGUUGUGAAUGAACUGGAGCUGAGGAAAAAGCCAUGCUUUCGUGUUCUUGAAAACUUUCACAGCUGAAAUACCACAACUUUUUGCCUUUUAUUAUUGGUGGUGAUGCUCAGCCUCUCUAGCUGGAGGAGUCAGUUACUCUAAUGGCAGGAGACAGACAAGUGCUGAAGCCCUUCUUUGCUGUGGAAUUGGAUCUUCUUAGUGUGCAAAAGGUUUAAUACCCUUGGAAAGGGGAGCAACAAAGAGUUUGUCCUGCUUCCACUUGCCCUCACCCCCAGAGCAGUUCCACAACAGAAAACCAGACCAAGGAGGAUAUGGGCUGGUUUUCUGACAGCCUGCUCUUGGCUGCCAGCUCUGCUUUGGAACAGGACAAAUGCUUUUUGGGCCACUUGGAUGUGAACUGCUUAUGCUUGUGCAGUGCAUAUCUAAGAGGCUUGAGUGGGAGAGCAGAGGAUCCAGGAGCUCUUGGGAAGGUGUUUAGAUAGAAAGAUGCUUUUGGACCAAAGGUUUCUGGAAAGGUUCUGUUAGUGAAUUACCUUUCCAGUGGCUUUGCAAGCCACAGAUAGAGUACUUCUAAGGUCUCAAGUACCCAAGAUGAAACUUAAAAAUAAUUGUACCAUGACUUGCACUGAAUGAUCCUUUGACUGACUUUGCUUCAGUUCAGUAAGAGACUAAUUCUAGUUUUUGCAAAUAGCAACAUCUUAGUUCUUGAGGAGGCUUUCUGGAGGAGAACUUGGAUACAUGAGCUGUCUUUUUUAGCUAUUUACAAGGGUUUAAAGAAAUACUGAGGAUUUGCAAAUGUGAGGGUUUUUUUAAAGGCUUGUAAAAGUUCUCACUUCAUAAUCACCUGAAAAUGAUCAAUAGGAAGUCAGUCUGUUAACUGUUAAACUGUGGAAGUUGAGAGCUGAGUCUGCAGAGUUUUGCAAGUUCUGGGAUUCAUGUACAUAAUUUGAUUGUGAAAAAAAGCACAGAAGCAUUUGUUUUCUGACUGUCUCUUAGGGGGUCAAAGAUAUCCUGUUGGACCUCAAAGUUUUUUUCCCAUGUGAAUAUAGGGUGAGAAAAAGAUUGGUGGUCUAUCCUGAUACUAAAGAACAGGUACAACAGGACAUGGAAACUCUCAGUUUGGCAUAUCUGAAGCUUCUCAGGUUAAAAGCUUCUCAGGUGAAAACAUUUUUAUGGUUAACAGAAGUAAAAUCCUGCUUCCUUUUUUCUAUUCUUUUGUAGGUAUUUUAAGCCUACAGCAAGUCAGAGCUAUGAGUUGAGGUUUAAAAUUUUUCACAAAGUAAUUAAUUUAAGUCCAGGUGAGUUACUGAAGAUGAUCUUCCAAUUAGGAAGAGAAUUUAUGCUGAAUGUAUCAUGUAAGCCAAGAUCCUAAGAGAAGUUGAAA